CGCCUGACCGGAUAACAGUGCUCACAAUUACGGACGCAAGCGCCUAUUGGAGUUUUUUUCACUCAUAAUCCUAAAUUAUUAUGUUCUGAACAAGAUUUUAUUCCAGACGUGACUGUCAGCGAGACGUGCUUAGUGCCACACCAGGUUGAAGCGAGGGAAGUGAGCAAUCUAGUGGCGACGUCCCCCCCACCAAAACGCGGGAGCGAGCGUCUCCUCCCUCUGACUGUCAAGCGGCGGCGGGUUGGUAGACAGGAACAGAGAGGUUGUGGUGUCUGCAGCACCUCCGCCUGUCUGACACUGUGUCUCCGCCCUCCCAUAACUACCAUCCUCGGUAGCUUUACGUCCCUUCUGUCUGCUGUGCCUCCGCCCGGUCUGCUCGUCACGUCCGGUAGCCUAAGGAGGCCGGGAUUAGUAGCAGGACCCCGGGUAGGGGGAGCGGUCUGGCAGACACAAAGAGGCCGCGGCGUGACCGAGGCCUGGGCCUUCAGGCACAAACAGGACAAUGGAUUUUCCAGGACAUUUUGAACAAACCUUUCAGCAGCUAAAUUAUCAGAGGCUCCAAGGACAACUCUGUGACUGUGUAAUUGUGGUUGGUAGUCGUCACUUCAAAGCUCAUCGCUCUGUAUUAGCAGCAUGCAGUACUCAUUUCAGAGCUCUCUUUACAGUGGCAGAGGGCGAUCAGAGCAUGAACAUGAUCCAGUUGGACAGUGAAGUUGUGACAUCUGAAGCCUUUGCUGCUUUAAUUGAUAUGAUGUAUACAUCCACCCUUAUGCUAGGAGAGAGCAAUGUCAUGGACGUUUUACUUGCAGCAUCUCAUCUGCAUUUGAAUUCAGUAGUAAAAGCAUGCAAACACUACCUCACCACAAGGACACUUCCUAUGUCACCCCCUAACGAUAGAGCUCAAGAGCAGAGUGCUCGCAUGCAGAGAUCUUUCAUGCUUCAACAACUUGGUUUAAGUAUAGUGAGCUCUGCCUUGAACUCAAAUCAGAACACAGAGGACCAGUCUCAGCAACAACAAAGUUCAAUAAGCUCUGGCCGAAAUAACAUGGUUGAACAAAGAGCCACCUUUCCAAUAAGACGGCUUCACAAAAGAAAGCAGUCAUCAGAGGAAAGAGCAAGGCAACGCAUGAGGAACUCUGUAGAUGAUUGCCUCAAUGAUGUCACUCCUGAAAGUGUGCAGUCCAUGGUUAAUUCUCGAGAAGAGUAUUUCUCUCCUGAUUCAAUGAAAAUGAUGGACAACUUGAAGUCUGAUUCUACUCCCGACAACCACGAGGAUAGCACAAUAAUGUUUGAUGGUUCAUACAGCAACCAAGAAGAUACACAAGUGCCAAGUCAGUCUGACAACAGUGCAUCAAUAGGGUCCCAGGCAGCCCAAGUUGAAACCAGUUACAGUCAAGAUUCUGCAUGUGAUAAAAAUAUAUACUCUUCUGAAACACAAGAAAUUAUUGUGGGUGAUAAAGAUCACAUGCGAGUUAUUGUCAAAUCUGAGCCUCUAAGCUCACCAGAGCCUCAAGAUGAAGUUAGUGAUGUCACUUCCCAAGCAGAGGGUAGUGAGCCAGUUGAGGUAGAAGUUGUUGCAAGUGCAGAAAAGAUAGAACUGAGUCCAGAAAGCAGUGAUAGAAGUUUCUCUGAUCCCCAGUCAAGUACUGACAGAGUAGGGAAUCUUCAUAUAUUGGAUGUGACGGAUAACCUUGAGCACAAGUCUUCCUUUAGUAUUUCUAACUUUCUAAGCAAAAGUAGAAAUGGCAGCUUAGGCCAAAACAGUGACGACAACAUUCCCAAUACUACAAGUGACUGCAGAAUGGAUGGAGAAGUGUCUUAUUUAGUGAGCCCAGAGGCAGGAACCAGCAAUCAUUCUUCUACAGCCAUGUCUCAUAUUGAUAAUCCAUUUAGUGACAGCCAAGACUCUCAUUUCACUAGGCCAAUGCAAGAUGUAAUGACUUUAUCUUGUGUUCAGUCCUCGAAUUAUCGAGGAAAUGAUCCUUUUGGUAUGGAUUUUCCAAGGUCUGGCUUAGGGCUCCAUUCGAUGUCAAGAUCUAUUAUGGGGAGUUCUAGGGGCAGAGGUUGUAACUUUCCAAAUUAUCGGCGUAUUGCCCCAAAAAUGCCUAUUGUAACUUCUGUACGGAGUGCUCAGCUUCAGGAUAAUGCAAGUAAUUCUCAGCUUUUGAUGAAUGGAGGAAAUUCAUCAUAUGAAAAUGGUCAUACAUCACAGCAGGGACCACCCCAGCUGACAAGGGCCUCUGCAGAUGUUCUGUCAAAAUGCAAGAAGGCUUUAUCUGAGCAUAAUGUGUUGGUGGUCGAAGGUGCCCGUAAAUAUGCAUGCAAAAUAUGCUGCAAAACCUUUCUCACUUUAACAGACUGCAAAAAGCACAUCCGUGUACAUACAGGUGAAAAACCGUAUGCUUGUCUAAAAUGUGGAAAAAGGUUUAGUCAAUCUAGCCACCUUUAUAAGCAUUCCAAAACAACAUGCCUUAGGUGGCAAAACAGUAAUAUUCCAACAGCUUUGCUAUAAAUCAGUUUUGACAACUAUCAAAAAGUAAAAAUGAAUAGCAUUUUUAAAAAAGAAAUCUCAAAGACCAACUUAUGUUAUGCUGAGAAAGUAAUAUCACAUGCCUGACUGAAGGAUAUAAAGACCAGUAGCACAUCAUACUUAAAAUAUUUAUCAGACAAGUGACUUCUAUGUAUGUGGGGAGGGAGUGGAAGCAAGAAACCAGUUUGGGGGAAAUCUAUUGAUAAAAACCUCUUUUACUUUGAGGUGCUGAAAAGUUCUUAAUUUAGGUUAUCAAUGUUUAUGUAAAGUAGUAAAACUAACAUUGAAAUUCUCAGAGCUUUUAAUUUGCAGUUUUGGAAAUAUUAAUUGCGUUAAGAAAGCAUUUAAAGUCUGGUGUUGUGCCCUUUAGUAAAUUAUUAAUGACUUGUAAAAUAACCAGUUUAAUAAAUGCCAGUGCUCUUGUUUAAUGUGGUGAACCACUUCUUUGCAUGUUUGUUCUUUAAAUGAUAAUACACUUUUGGUUGCAUUUACAAAGUUCUGCAACUGCAUACAUCUUUUUAAAUAAUUAUGCAAAGUAAGUUUUAUGUGAAAAGUUAUUUGUGCUUGAGGCAGUGUCUGCCAGUAAAAAACUUAUUUUAAGGUUUAAACUUAGCAUAGCCCCUUGUUCAACUUGAAUUAAACAAAUAGGGCUUAUAUGUUCUUUAUUUCUUGAGGAAGUUUGAAACUACUGUAUGUUUGGUCCUUGAGAGGUAGAUAAUUCGAUUACUGGUGCACAGUUAUAUCCCCAUAAUGGCUAGGAGGUGGUUGUAUCUAUGGCUGGAAAAACUAGAUUUUGAUAUUAAAAUAAUAUGCAAAAAGAAUGUUCAGCACAAGCUCUAGCCAUUGAAUUUAUGUCAAAUAAGGUGGUAUACUAAGGCGGUAUACCCUUUUAUGGGUUAUUAUUUCUUGUUUAUAUAGUGCCAACAUAAUUUGUAGCACUGUAGAGAGGUUAUAUAUCAGUCACAUCAGCAUUCUACAGAGGAACUUAAAAUUUAAAGGGGAAUGAAAGUCAAAAUAUAAAAAGCAUACUGCCCAAUAGUCCUCUUAUUGUUUAGUAAAAACGCCACACUUUUGGCUCACCUAAUCAAAUAUUUACUCAGUCACACUUACUUCACAUUUUCUAGAACAGGCAGCCAUCUUUAAAAAGGUAUUCUCCCUUCCUUCCCCUCCUUGCUUCAUACUGCACAUGUGUUUCAUUCCCCCCCCCCCCCCGGCAUAUCCGCUUCUGAUUGGCUGGUGGGCAUGUGUAGCUCAGUACAGGAGACAGGAUCAAGUUACACACAUGUGCAUUGCUACUGAAGGCAGCCUACAGGAAGGACAGAGAUAUUUCAGUGAUGUCACUGUAGUCUUCACACUGCUGUAGGCUGCCAGCACCAUAUCUCAGAGAAGCAAGCAGGGAUCUGGGAAUUUAGAUAUGCAGUAAGUACUGUUUAGACUUACUUUUAAUUUAUAUUAACCUUUCCUUGUCCUUUAACAUUCACACACACUAUGGUCAUUUUCAUCUGGACAUUGCCUAUGGGAGGUAAUCCAUGCAAGCACAGGAUAAACAAAAUUUUCUUGUAAAUAAUGUAGACCACUGUGUUGUUAAAGUUGCGAAUAUAUAUAUAUAUAUACACAAUAUAAAACCCCCAUAGGUCUAGUUUCCCAUCAGUUUGGAUGUAUGCUAACUUUAGUUUACAUUAAGUACCGGAAAACAAAUCAGAGAAUACUAAAUGUCAUUGCUUGUGGAGAUUUUUGCAUAACGGUUCCAAGGUAGUGUAUAGUUUGCAGGUUGGUUAGUUUUUGUUGUAAAAAGGCAACAUUUACCUUUAUGUUUUUUAGCCGAAUUAUUCUGAUCAUUGCUUCUGUUUUUCUGACACUUGUAUGUGAACUUGAUGUUUGUAUCACAGAUACAUAACUUUCUUACUUUAGUUAUAUAGCAGAAAUUUCAAUUCAAUUUUACUCCAAUACUUGGGACAGUGGGGGUCUUUUAUAAAGUUUGUGCAGCGCAUAUAUUUUUUGCAAAUGGUUUUGCACAUUUUCCCUAAACUCUUAAAUUUUGUGUGAAUCGCAUUGAAAUGCGUAUUGUGCACAAAAAAUUGCAAAUGAGAUUGCAGUUUGUGUGAGCAUACCCUUUGUGCUUGUUUAUUGCACGCUAAUAUAUUUGCAAUUUUCGCUUUCCAAAUAUAAAUUUUCAAUUUGUGAAAUCAGUGGUGUAAUUUGGACGCAGAUUGUGCACAUAAAUAUUUGCAAUUUGUGAUUAUGCCAUAUUUAAAAAGCUCUUAAGGACAUUUGCACUGUGAAUAAAGAUUUGCAAUUGUUUGCACAUUAAAUGCAUCAAUCUUGUCCAGCUUUAUAAGUAUAAACACGGGCAGGGCAAAUAUGUUCACUGUGCGACUAAUUCCGCACUGCACCAAUUUUAUAAAUGAGCCCCGAUAUGUUAAGGGUAGUCAAGGGCAGUAUAUUUUAGUCCCACCUUUUUAAGCACUUCAUGAUGCGGCGCUUUAAUCUUAAAGGGUCAGUACAUACAUAUAGUUUACAAAAAGACACCAUGAAUAUUAGUUUUUAUUAAAAAUAACUUUGUUUUUGUAGUUUUUCGUCAAGAAAAAGUAAUUCUAAGCAACUUUCCAUUAUACGUAUAUUAAACAUUUUCAAUGAUUGUAAGUUUUAUUUAAAUGUAAUUUAAAUAGAAAGCAGUUUGACUUUCUUUUAUGACUUCCCUCUUUUUUUGUGUCUACUCUGGUAUUUGUGAAAGACACAAUUCAGUUGAAUUUACAAAUAAGUUUAGAUAAUUAGUAAUUAUGUGUAAAUAAACAAUGAUGUGGCCUCUAUGACAUACCUAAAAGUUGGUUCUAAAAAUUACCUAAACGAACAGUGGAAAUCCUUGUAGGUUUCGCAAAAAAUACAGUUUUAGGAUUGUAUUGAGUUGUUGUGGGCAACUGCAUUUGUGCUAUUGUUAUACUGAAAUAGGGGACCUGUUAUGCAGAAUGCUUUGGACCUGGGGUUUCUCAGAUAAGGAAUCUUUCCAUAAUUUGUAUCUCCAUACCUCGUCUGCUAAAAGUAAGUCAUUUAAACAUUAAAUUCCAUAAGGAUUGUUUUGUUACCAAUGUGGAUUCAUACAUCAUAGUUACCAUCAAGUACAAGGUACUGUUUUACUAUUACAGAGAACAUUUGUUUCAUAAAAAUGGACUCUAUGGUAGAUGGCCUUCCUAUAAUUUGUGGGUUUCUGGAUGAUGGGUUUCCAGAUAAGGGAUCCCAUGUCUGUGUAACUAAAAUAAUCCCCUUGAACUUUUUUUCACAAGUAAUUUUUUUUGAAACUGGGUUAAAGGUCAAAAAUUGUUAAUUCGUUUUGCUGGGGAGUUUGGGUGCUUGUUUGGAAAGAGGGCUUAGGGGUAUGUCAUCCCAUCCAUUGUCCUGAUUUCACCAGAGCUAUUCCUCCCUUGUAUGCAGUUAUCAUGUUUAUAUUGAAUACAAGAAAAAUGAAUCAAAACUCUGUCAUUGUAAAACCAAAGCAUUUUUUCAGUUUGCCGAAUAUAUGUACAAAUGUAAGUCAGGCAUGUGGUAAAAUAAUAGGUGGUUAAACUUUACAAGGGCAUUUUGCAAAACAUUUGUAAAUAUCACAAAAUGAGUUUCCACUUAGUGAUUUCAAAUAAACAAGUGCGCCGGCAUUGAAAUAAUCUUAAUUGUAAACAUAAUUUAAUAUGUAUAACUGGAUUUUAAUUAGGGAUAACAUUUCUCCUUUUGGGAGUUAUAGCACUGCACUUUUUUGGCAUUGUCACUUAUGAAAAGCUUUAAAGAUAUGAGAAUUUCCUUUCAAGAGAAAAAAAUUGCAGGAAAAUGGUUAACUGUUGGCAUAACAUAACAUGGUUUUAAUGUAAUACUAAUGUAUAGAGUUUCCUGUGAAGAUUUUUUUUUUGUGGACUAAACAAAGUGCGCAAAGACAUUGACAAAGGUGCUCACAAAAGAAUGAAUGCAGAGAAUUUAACUUUGGGUUGUUGAAAUAGUUUUAAUUUACAUUUCAAUAUUCAUCCCAGUAUUUUGGGUAGAUGUCAAUUUUAUUUUGUUAUGUAAAAACCAAGUUUGUAUCACGUGAUCUGUGAAGUAUUGUUUCUGUAUGUGAUAUUCAAAGAGCAUUUUAACCAACUUGUAUUUAAAAAAAAAAUAAAAAAAAAUAGAGUAAAGUUUGAA